CGCACCGGUGCGCUCUGCUGCGUACUGGUACAAGGGCCCCGGCUCGGCGGGCCGUCCCCUGGGCCCCGGCGCAGCCCGUCAGCGCGGCGGAAGAACGCCUCACCUUGUUUACCCCGAGCGCGGCCGGCGGCGGGGGGAGGUGGCGGGGGCGGGGCCGGGGCGGGGCGCGGUGGGGCCGGGCCAGGCGGUGGCGGCGGGACAGUCAGCCUGCGCGCUGGGCACCGUGCGGCGGCCGGCAGCGAGGCACGGAGGCAGCCAGCGUCCCCGCCACGACGCGGCGCUGAGGCUGGUCGCCCGCCGCCGCCGCCGCCGCGGUCCCGCCCCCCCCGCCACACAAAGGCAGCCUCAGCCGGACGGGCGAGGGACCGCGCUCCACGCCAGGGCUCCGGUGCAGCGUCUCGGCUGGUCUUCUCCAUACUCAUGAACAUACAAAGGUCAACCCCUAUCACGAUAGCACGAUAUGGGAGACCGCGGAAUAAAACCCAGGAUUUUGAGGAGCUCUCGUCUAUACGGUCCAUCGAGCCAAGCCAGAAUUUUAGCCCUAAUCUAGGCUCGCCGAGCCCGCCGGAGACCCCGAACUUGUCGCAUUGCGUUUCUUGCAUCGGGAAAUACUUAUUGUUGGAACCUCUCGAGGGAGACCACGUUUUCCGAGCCGUACAUCUGCACAGUGGCGAGGAGCUGGUUUGCAAGGUGUUUGAUAUUGGCUGCUACCAGGAGUUAUUAGCACCAUGUUUUUGUCUGCCUGCGCAUAAAAAUAUCAACCAAAUUACUGAAAUAAUUCUUGGGGAGACAAAAGCGUAUGUGUUCUUUGAAAGGAGCUAUGGGGACAUGCAUUCGUUUGUUCGUACCUGCAAGAAGCUUAAAGAAGAGGAGGCAGCCAAACUCUUCUAUCAAAUAGCUUCCGCUGUUGCACACUGCCAUGAUGGUGGACUGGUACUGCGAGAUCUCAAGCUGCGAAAGUUUAUUUUCAAGGAUGAAGAAAGGACUAGAUUGAAAUUGGAAAGCCUAGAAGAUGCUUAUAUUUUAAGAGGAAAUGAUGACUCUCUUUCUGAUAAGCAUGGGUGCCCAGCCUAUGUGAGUCCAGAGAUCUUGAACACAAAUGGCAGCUACUCUGGCAAAGCAGCGGACGUAUGGAGUCUAGGUGUCAUGCUUUAUACCAUGUUAGUUGGACGCUAUCCUUUCCAUGACAUUGAGCCUAGUUCCCUCUUCAGCAAGAUCCGUCGUGGGCAGUUUAACAUUCCAGAAACUCUAUCCCCCAAGGCAAAAUGCCUCAUACGUAGCAUACUGCGUCGGGAGCCAUCGGAAAGGCUGACUUCACAGGAAAUUCUGGACCAUCCAUGGUUUUCUACAGAUUUUAAUGUAUCAAAUUCAGGAUAUGGUGCUAAGGAAGUAUCAGAUCAGCUGGUGCCUGAUGUCAACAUGGAAGAAGAUUUGGACCCAUUCUUUAACUGAGCACAAAGACUGUUGUUCAGAAGGUACACAACCUGGAGAUGGACACAUGAAGGAGCCCUUCCUGACCGUGUUAAAUCACAUCCUGCAUCAGCCUAGCUUGGUAGCAAAAGACACUCAGAGGUCCUCGGAUUGAGAAGGGACCUCCACAAGGAGCUAAUAUAACAAAUGUAGCAUGGGGACAGAUUGGGGGGGUGGGGGGAGCUUGCUAUCAGGUUAGAUUGAUUUGGAGGAGAAAAGGCAGCAUGGAGCAAUUGUAGCUUCUCACCUUUUUGGAGCCAAGGAGACUGCACAUGCCAAUUCUGGUGCAGCUGUAUCACUCCUGUUUCUGUUCCAUUAAAAAUAGUGGUAACUCACAACAAAUAGAAACUUUUUUGCCUCAGCUCACAUCUUGGCAUCGCACUGUUAGAUAUUUAACUUCAGCCAUUAUUCAGGGAAAGUACAAUUGGCUAACACUUUUUUAAUCGGAUAUCUAAUAAUGGGAUUAAUUUAAGAAAAAAUUAGGUGCACAAAGAUGGACAUGAAAAGUGGGUGCUAAAAACAAACAAAAUUUCAGUUCAUGUCUCUUGAUAGCUAUUUUCAACUCAUUUCUUCUAAAUAAACUACUUAAUAUUCUUGUCAGGAAAUGACAUUUUAAUGCUUUGUUCCCUUAAGGGGAAGUAACUGUCAUUUAAGAAGCUGUUCUGUUUUGUGUCAAAUGGUUUGUUGCAGGAAGCUAUUAUAGAUCGAACUUCCAGAUGCAUUACUGCUAUAAUAAGGGGAAAAAAAGAAGAAAAAUGUAUAAUUUUUUCUUUUUUCUUUUUUUUUUUUUUUUUUUUUUUUUUAAAUAGAUAUGAGAUACUGGCUUCCAUAUCUGCCAUGCUGCACAUUUAUGACUAAAGAGGGCAGAAAGCCCUUAAUUGUGUCUUUAUCUGAGAACCCAUCUCUUCUUUAACUGACCGGCCCACAUGUAAAUAGAGGGCUCUUUAUUAUUGAAGAAGAGUAUUGUGUUGGAUUUAUUUUACUUUGAGUUCCUUUCAACUUGGGAAAAGAAUUGUUUGGGUUUGAUUUUUGUUUAUGUCCAGAAUAAGAAAUAAGAGGGUAUUAAUAAGCUGAACAUUUAUAUUACAGAUAUUCCUCUUGGAACAUACACAGUAAUAUGCACCUUUUGUAUUGUCAAGACUUAUUCUAUUUAUUGAAGAAAAUGUCACAGUAGUGAUGUAUUAAGCCAGUACUUCAAUUACGGGUUGACUUGGGAUGACAUGUUACAUGCUGUAGUUAACACACUUCUUUUCUGUUCAGGUAUUUCUGUCCUUAAAUAACUUUUUAUUUAGCUUCUUUUUCUAGAUAGCUUUAUUUGAUUUAGACUGGCAGAUGUUUUUAUUACUGCUUUUAUAUUGCUGUAUGAUACUGAAAUCUCUUGGCAUAAAUAUUUGUGUUUCCAGUACCUCAGUUGUUCUGAUAUUACUGCCUGUAUACGUUUUGUGAAGUGGUCAUGUUUUUUGGGUAGGUACAUGUGGACUCUGUAGUAUGUAAAUGUUACUUGAAUUUGUGCUUAAUUAUAGUAUGUGGCAUGUGCGUACAGCUACUUGGCAUUUGACGUAUGGAUGCUAUUUGCCUGCCUUGCAGGAAAGUUAUGGUCCCACUCUCAAGAGGAUGUUUCACAGUUCUUUAUCAAGAGACAAAGCUAGCUGCAGCUGACCUGCCUUGGUUCUAUUUUGGUAACUAAGAAUAUAAAGGAGUAAUGUUUUUACACUCUGAAGAUGGUGCUGUGUCAAGAAGGACUUUUUUUUUUUAUUUUAUAAGUACCUUAUAGGAGGAAAGAUUGGUGAUGUGCAUGGUGGGGUUUUACUGCCUCUGGUGCUUUGUCAUGUAUUUGGUUUAAUGUUUUUGUCCUAAUCUCUUCAAUAAAUAAAAUUGUGCAUAUUUAACUAAA